GACCAGAUAGGGAGACAUGAACAGCACAGGUUACCUUCAGGGAGGUGAGGAGACUGAGGGAGGCUCGGUGGGGGCCUGCGUGAUCCUGAGUGUGUCCUUCAUGGUGGGAGCACCUGGGAACCUGCUUGUGGUGUGGACCAUCUUGAAACAUGUGAAACAGCGAUCACACACGGUGCAGCUCAUCCUCCACCUAGCAGUCGCAGACCUUCUGGUGCUGAUCACUUUGCCUCUUUGGAUCUACUCACUAGCUCAUUCCUGGGUGUUCGGAGAAGCCACCUGCAAAGCCAUCACAUACAUCAUCAAUGCUUGUAUGUACAGCAGUGUCUUUCUCAUCACUAUCAUGAGUGUGGAGCGUUUCUUAGCUAUCAAAUACCCCUUUGCUUCAGCUGGAUGGAGGAGGAAACAAGCACUGAACAAGGUAUUAUUAGUGCUUUGGGUGGCUUCAUUUCUUCUGAGUAUUCCAGUUAUUGUAACUCAGACUUUGGGUGAUGAUCAAGCUCAGUGUACGUACAGAGAAUAUACUUCUGAUACACAAGAGGCUGUGUUGCUGAUUUUAGAAACUCUUAUAGGAUUUGUCAUCCCUUUUUUCAUUUUGGUAGUCUGUUAUGGCUGCCUCUUCAGUCGAAUAGCACAGAUGAACUUCAAGUCCAAGCGAAAAUCGACAGUUCUCAUCUGCAGCGUGGUGGUGAUGUUUGGAGUCUUCUGGAUCCCACAUCAUGUGGGGAACUUUCUUUCUCUCAUCGCACUCACUCUGAAAUCCUCAUACCCUGAAGUGGCAGAAAACUUGGAGGAUGUUUGCACCACCAUGAGCAUUAUAGCAGGAGCCCUGGUGUUUGUUAGUAGCUCAGUAAACCCAGUGCUUUAUGUGUUUGCCGCACAGACCUUCCGCAGCUCACUCCGGGAAACCGGAAUACAGAGACUGUUCCAGCAUUUAUCCAGUGCUGCCACAGGUGACGAGAAUAAAGACUUAUCAUUUGUGUCAAAAAAACAUAGUUCACACACCAGAAACUCAGAGUCCAAAUUGCCUGUAGAAGCUGUUAUGGAAUCAGUCAUCAAUACCUCAGCCUGACACUGUGGGAACGCAUAUACCCAGAAACUGUAUAAUGUUCAUGAAUAAUAACCAUAAAGUGUUAACUGUUGUCUCUCAAAAUUGUGCAUAAAGCCUUAAAUAUAAUUUUGUAUUUCAGAUUUUUACUCUAAAUUAAAUAACUAUGCUUAAUGUAUAAAAGACAAUCACUUUCAGUUGCAGUGUUUUAUGAUUUCAACAUCUCUCAUUUCCUCAUAUUGGAACAUGUGUCUGAGUUAAGAACUUGUAAGUGUGUGAAAAGGGGAAAUGGGCAUUAAAAGGAACAGAGGUCAGUCUAGAGGAAAAUCCCAUCUUUUCCAUUGAGAUGUCAUUCUUUCGGUAAUCCUCUAUUUCCUUUCCAUCAAAUUCAAACAUAUGUUAUGGCACAUAAUCAAAAUAUAUACUUUCUUUAUACUUCCUCCUC